AUAUACGUUUUUAACCAAAUUCACAGGCUCAAACGAGGCCAGUUUCACAAAUCCAGCGAAGCGUUCGGUUCAAUAGGUUCCCUUCGGAAAGCAAGCCCCAUAACUCCCAGAAAAGGAAAGUGCGCGCCAUUGAGAAUAUUUGAAAUAUAGUGAAGUAAAGCGAGCCAAUAGUUUGCCCGAGUUUUCUGCUGAGCAUUCUCAAAGGAGAGCAAAAGCAAAAGCCGCAACAAAAAUUCAAGCCGUCUUUCGAGGCCACAAAGUGAGAGAAACCAUGAAAAAAUCGGAAACCAAAACUGUGACCAACAAUGGGGCCGCCGCAAGUGCUGCAGGAGUCGAGGAGGCAGCCGGCUCCUCGGCAGAACAGACCAAGGCAGAGCUCGAGGCUGAGUUUGAUCCGAACGACAAAGAGCUCUGCCAUGCAGCACUGAAGAUUCAGUCCACAUUCCGUGGCCAUUUGGCACGCAAGCUGGUCAACAAGGACGCGCCCGAGGACGAGGACAUCCAGGAGAUAACCAAGAAGGUGGCCGAGGAAUUGGACAUAGAUCUGACCGAUCCGGAGUUGAACAAGGCCGCCACCAAGAUCCAGGCCUCGUUCCGCGGCCACAAGACACGCAGGGACACCCAGCCCGAAUAAGGGAAUCACGAUUUGAAUUUUGUUGGUCAUGGCUUAAAGGAAUGCAAGUCACUGAAAAAAUAUAGAAAAAUACAAAUUAAAAAAAAAACAAGAAAAAACAACAAAAAAUUGGUAAAUUGUAAAUGUGCAAAAGGCCGAUCGAGACGAGGGCACACAGUUGUAAUCUUUUAAGUGAAUGUACGUUUAACUAAAUGGAAAACCAAAGAAAAUCUCAUAAUAACUAUACAAUACAUAUUAGCUACCAUAAGGAUGAUUUUGCUUAGCUUUAAAGAGCUGAAGGGAGCAUUGUUUGAUUUUCGGGCUUUUCUUGCUAGUUGAAUGUUUCUCAAUUAAUCGGAAAAACUGAGUUAAUUAAUAUUUAAUUAAAUUUAAUUUCGGUUUUCGAACUUAGGAUCUACCAAAGCAAUCCCAAAACAGUAACUAAACCUUAACUAAAGCUAACUAAAAACUAAAAACGUUUAAAGAAAACAAGUUAAAUUUGCAAAGUAAUACUAAAUGUUACAAUAACAAAAAUGGUAAUGGUAAUUAAAGGCACGAUGUUCCAUAAAAUAAACAUUUAUUGUAGACAAAUCGACAAAUGCAAGGAAAAUGCUGAACAAAUUUUUGGGAAAACAUUUUUCCGUUUUGUCUGGCCAAAGCCAAAAGUCAAAGAAAUUUAAUUGUACCUACAUGAAGAUAUAUAAAAACAUAAACAUAAACACGAAGAACAUGAAUUAUAACCGAUGAAACUCGAUGUUGUUGUUUCACAUUAGGGGUAUCCGAGCAACAGGAAGCAGCUACGAAACGUCAACACACAACAAUUUUUCAGCCUCUGGGCUCUCUAUAUAUAUACAUAUAUAUACGAGUAUGUAUGGAAACUGAUGGAUGGAUAAACCAAAGCAAAUCGAAAGGCGAUAACUAAUCUGGUGGCACAAUUUUCGUUUUUCUACCAAGGGUAUUACCAAUUUGUCUACUUAACUAGAGAAGAAAACACAUAUAGCCGAAAGGGAAGCCCCAAAAAAGACAGCGGGGAAACUGAACCACAUAUACUUAUAUAACUAUACAAACCAAAUACAAGUAUUAGAGCAAGUUGAAUUGGUAAACUUUUAAGCUACAGCCCGGAACCGGGAGCCUAAGCCACUACAUAAAUGUUUAAAAUUCAAAUUAAUUAAUGUAAACUAACGGAGAGAAUUGAAAUUACGAGUAUAUUAGAGAUCAACGUCAAAUUCAAUUAAAUUGCAUAUGAAAACCAGCAUCUACAGGCAUCUAAGCCAGCAAAUGGGUAAGGCAGAUACAUAUUUGUGGAUAACUGAAGGAGAAAACAGGAUUAAACAGAUACAAAUGACAGCAUACCUAUUAUACAAGAUGAAAAACCAACAAAAACCAACAAAAACCAAAAACCAAAAACCAAAUGUGUCCCAACUAAAUUUUAAUUGAGUAAUAAAGUAAAUACAAUAAAAGUAAU